CGGCGCGGCGGCACGAUGGUGAUGGACGCUAACAGCAGCGGCCGUCCGGAUCUGUUCGGGCACCUCCGCUCCAUCCUCCUGCCCGAGCGCGGGCUGCCGGAGCUGAGCCCCGACGGGGGCGCCCAGCCGGGUGUCCUCUCCUGGACGCCGCACCUGCUGACCGGGGUCCCCGAGGUGACGGCCAGCCCCUCGCCCACCUGGGACGGGACCCCGGACAAUGUCUCCGGCUGCGGAGAGCAGAUUAACUACGGCAGAGCCGAGAAAGUUGUGAUCGGCUCCAUCCUGACGCUUAUCACGCUGCUGACGAUCGCGGGCAACUGCCUGGUGGUGAUCUCCGUGUGCUUCGUCAAGAAGCUCCGCCAGCCCUCCAACUACCUGAUCGUGUCUCUGGCGCUGGCCGACCUCUCGGUGGCCGUGGCGGUCAUGCCCUUCGUCAGCGUCACUGACCUCAUCGGGGGCAAGUGGAUCUUUGGGCACUUCUUCUGCAACGUCUUCAUCGCCAUGGACGUCAUGUGCUGCACGGCCUCUAUCAUGACUCUGUGCGUGAUCAGCAUUGACAGGUACCUUGGGAUCACCAGGCCUCUCACGUACCCUGUGCGGCAGAAUGGGAAAUGCAUGGCGAAAAUGAUCCUCUCCGUCUGGCUCCUCUCAGCCUCCAUCACUCUGCCCCCACUUUUUGGCUGGGCUCAGAAUGUGAACGAUGACAAGGUUUGCUUGAUUAGCCAGGAUUUUGGCUACACCAUCUACUCCACCGCAGUGGCGUUUUACAUCCCCAUGUCGGUCAUGCUGUUCAUGUACUACCAGAUCUACAAGGCUGCCAGGAAGAGCGCUGCCAAACACAAGUUCCCUGGCUUCCCUCGCGUGCAGCCCGAGAGCAUCAUCUCUCUGAACGGCAUGGUGAAGCUACAGAAGGAGGUGGAAGAGUGCGCAAACCUUUCCAGACUCCUCAAACAUGAAAGGAAAAACAUCUCCAUCUUUAAGAGGGAGCAGAAAGCAGCCACCACCUUGGGGAUCAUUGUUGGGGCCUUCACUGUGUGCUGGCUGCCGUUCUUCCUCCUCUCGACAGCCAGGCCCUUCAUCUGUGGCACUGCCUGCAGUUGCAUCCCGCUGUGGGUGGAGAGGACAUGUCUGUGGCUGGGCUAUGCAAACUCUCUUAUUAACCCUUUUAUAUAUGCCUUCUUCAAUCGGGAUCUGAGGACCACCUACCGCAGCCUGCUCCAGUGCCAGUACCGGAAUAUCAACCGGAAGCUCUCAGCUGCAGGCAUGCACGAGGCCCUGAAGCUUGCUGAGAGGCCAGAGAGACCUGAGUUUGUGCUGUAAGGCAGAACUCUGACUACUGUAGAAAAAAAGGUCAUGAUUCAUGAUCCAAAGCAGAAUAAUGGAGAUGAAUUAAACAAGGCAAAACAAGUGGAAACAG